UACAACGUGCGGUCCGAGGCAGUCAUGCGACACAGCACGAAAGAAAAAAAAAUUCAAAUUCUGCAAACAAUUUACAAUAUUACUCUUUUCAUCUGGCAACAUUUAUGAACGGAGGCUUGUAAAUAAGUCAAGUUGUCGACCCUUUAAGCUGGGGGAAAUGGAGGCGAGUAUAGAGAACGGGGUGAAAGAUGAUGAAGCGACGGCUUCUCCAAUAUCUGUUCUAGAAGACGAGAGCAACAUCCAUGAAGAGAAUGGAAAGAUCAGUGAGGAUGAUGCACUUCUGCCGCUCGAACUUGAAGCGAAAAAUGGUGAUACGCUCCUCAUCUCAAAAACCAUGGAGGAAGAGGAGGAAAAAUUGCUAGAGAAACGAAUGAGGGAGGAAGAGACGGAUAAGCAGGAAGAGCAAGUGACGCCAAGCUUGGAAGUAAAGUUCAGCAAGUUGGAUGAGCUUCUUACACAAACGCAGCUGUAUUCCGAGUUUCUUCUGGAGAAGAUGGAGGAUAUAACAUUUAGCGGUUUGGAAAAUCAGACUGAAGCGGACGCCUGUAAUGGGAAUAAGGCUGGCCGUGGUCAGAAGAGGAAGGCAACCAGCCAGUAUAACACAAGGAAAGCCAGAACAGCUGUUGCGGCCAUGUUAACAAGGUCAAAUGAAUGUAUUGCACCUGAGGAUGCUAACCUUACAGAGGAAGAAAGGGUUGAAAAAGAACAGAGGCAACUUAUCCCACUAAUGACUGGUGGAAAGUUGAAAAUUUAUCAGGUUAAAGGUGUGAAGUGGUUGAUAUCGUUGUGGCAAAAUGGUCUUAAUGGAAUCCUUGCUGAUCAGAUGGGUCUUGGUAAGACAAUUCAAACAAUUGGAUUCCUUGCUCAUCUUAAGGGCAAUGGUCUUGAUGGUCCAUACAUGGUCAUAGCUCCUCUUUCUACCCUAUCGAAUUGGGUAAAUGAAGUAUCUAGGUUUGUUCCAUCUAUGAAAGCUAUCAUAUACCAUGGCUCAAAGGCUGAUCGGGCUGAAUUAAGGAGAAAGUAUAUGCCAAGGGAAAUAGGCCCUAAAUUUCCGAUUGUGAUUACUUCCUAUGAGGUUGUCAUGAAUGAUGCAAAGUUUUUGUCCCAUUAUACUUGGAAAUAUGUUGUUGUAGAUGAGGGUCAUCGUUUAAAGAAUAUGAAUUGCAAGUUAUUAAGGGAAAUUAGACGCUUGCCUAUUGAAAACAAGCUUCUUUUAACCGGAACACCACUCCAGAACAACUUGGCAGAGCUUUGGUCAUUGUUAAACUUUAUUCUACCUGAUAUUUUCUCAUCCCAUCAAGAAUUUGAAUCUUGGUUUGACUUCUCCGGGAAAUACUAUAGUGAUGGUGAACAAGAAGAAAGCGAAGAAAAGAGAAGGGUUCAGGUUAUAUCAAAGUUGCAUUCAAUUUUACGGCCAUUUCUUCUUCGACGAAUGAAGGCAGAUGUUGAGCGGAUGCUUCCUCGAAAGAAAGAGAUAAUCCUCUAUGCCAAUAUGACUGAGCAACAAAAGAAUAUUCAGAACCACCUGCUUAAUCGGACACUUGAGAAUUAUUUAAUAGAAACAGUAUCUUCUGGUGUUGUAAGGCCUGGGAUGAAGGGAAAGUUGAAUAACUUGCUAAUGCAGCUUAGGAAGAAUUGCAAUCAUCCUGAUAUAUUGCAAUCUGGAUACGAUGAAUCAUUUUCGUAUCCACCCAUUGAUAUUUUGGUUGAGCAAUGUGGUAAAUUCCAGCUGCUAGAAAGAUUGUUGGCAUUGCUACUUCCCCGAAAACAUAAAGUUCUAAUUUUCUCUCAGUUUACUAGAGUUGUGGAUCUGCUUGAAUAUUAUUUGAGUGAAAAAGGCAUGGAGGUUUGUAGGAUUGAUGGUAGAGUUAAAUUGGAUGAACGAAAGAGACAGAUAGAAGAAUUUAACAACUUAAAGAGCAAUGUUAAUAUAUUCCUUCUCAGCACUAGGGCGGGUGGUUUGGGGAUUAAUCUCACAGCUGCUGAUACGUGUAUUAUAUAUGACAGUGAUUGGAAUCCUCAGAUGGAUUUGCAGGCAAUGGACAGAUGCCACCGCAUUGGACAAACUAGACCCGUUCAUGUUUACAGAUUGGCUACUUCACAUUCUGUAGAGGGAAAAAUAAUAAAAAGAGCUUUUGGAAAGUUGAAGCUGGAGCAUGUGGUAAUUGGUAAAGGAGAUUUCCAUCAGGACCGGGCGAGAGCCAACGCAUUAGAUGAAGCUGAGCUGCUAGCCUUGCUUCGCAAUGAAGAGGAUCCCGAAGACAAACUCUAUCAGACCGACAUUAGCGAUGAAGAUCUGCUUCGACUUAUGGACCGCAGUGAUUUGAUUCAAGGAAGAGGUACAGAUGGCAGUGAAGAGAGUGCUCCUUCUCUUCCUUUGAAAGGACCGGGUUGGGAGGUAGUGGUUCCAACCAAAAGUGGUGGAAGCUUGCUUUCAGCGGUCAGCAGCUGAUUGAUUAAUUUUUCAGACCAAAGUUUUUUGGAGAAUUGGUUUGGUUGGAGCCCCAAUUAUGUAUGGAAAUUCUAUUCCCCCUGAAAUCCUGGGAGUAAGUCAUCUUCUUUGUUGUUUGCUACAGUUUGCAAAGAAACUAGAAGUUGACGGCUCGUUUUGUAGUAGUUGGAGGAGCAAGAAUGGCCCAACCCUCAACUUUGAAAUAUAUUAAUAAUAUUCAGCAUUAUUAGCACUUAGCAGUCAA